AUGUCGGCCACCUCAUCAUCUUCAUUCCCCCUCGCCACCGAGGACCCGUAUACAGGCGGUGGAAGCAGUUCAGCAGACACUAGCAUCGACAAUGACGGGGGUGCGUCCGGGUCUUCUGACGGUAGCAUGAGCCUCUCGCGUGGAGGUUUGGUCGCCAUCAUUGUUGUCGUCGUGGCUGUUGCCAUAAUCGGAGUCACUUCGGCAGUCUUGUUCUAUCUCGCCAAGAAGCGAGAGUGGAAGAUCCGCCAGAGCAUCCGGAAAUCUGCGAGAAGGGUGGUCAACGCCCUGACGCCCCGUCGCAGCGAGUUUCCCAAAUCCGCCAAAGAGGGCACUGCCAGCAACUCUCGUGGCCGUGUCCGCCUAGAUGAUGUCCCACCCACGCCGCGCUUGCCAGUCGAUUUGGAGAAAGGCUUUGCGAACUCCGACAAGAAGAAGUACAACUUCCAUCGGAAGUAG